AUGAUCAGGCAGGGUUUCCGAACCCCCAAGUGCGAGGAGCGUAUGGAGUUGUACGAUGAGCAAAGAGCGAAAAGCUACUCCUACAAAUCGAAAGAGUGGGAUGAAAACGAAGACAAAGUGGGUUCCAAGAUGGCGGAACUGAUUAAGACCAAAGAGGAGCUCAAGAAAGCUAAAGAGAGCGCCCUGCAGGCGUGGAUAGACUCCAGGCCUCUGACUGAUGAGCUUGAACUGCUGAAAUGCGGCCUUGAAAUUGCUGAGAAACGAUGUGACACGCCCAGUAUCAUCUCGGACCUUGAAGCACAGCUUGAGACGACAAUCCAGAGCAUCAAAUCCAAAAAGGAGGAACAACACAAGGCGACGGGGAUGGUCAAUGAAAUAAAUCAGGCGUUGGAUCAAACGCGUCAAGAGACGGAAAGGUUUAAGUGUGAUGCAGAUGAAGAAUUACAAGCAAGAUCAACAUUGAAGCAAGCCCUUCAUCUGAGGAGACAGACUCUGCGAACACUGCAAUUUGGACUUGAAGCUGUACGAAUAGAAAAAGAAGCGCUUGGUGCAUCGAAAGCAGUAGCACUUAGAUACAUAAACCGUUCAAAAAUGGAGAAAACCACCGUCCGCCUCACUCAGGAAGAGUACCAUGCCUUGGCAAAAAGAGCUCAAGAUGAAAAUUCUCUUUCAGACUGGCGUGUUUUGGUUGCAUCAGAACAGAAGCUCGCAACAGAGGCAAGCAGAAACAAAGCUUUGGAAAAAUUGAACAGAUUACUCUCGGAAAAAUUUCAAGAGAAAGGGAAAUUGAAGAAGAAAGUAUAA